UCCAAAAGAAAAUUCUACAAUUCUGAAUAAAAUAUCAUAACUAUUUAGCUCUUUAGCUAUGAUAAAUAGAAAGAUUCAGUUGUAGGUGUAAUAUAAUGUUAGGAUAUCGUAGAAUCGAGGAAGUACAAGACAAUGAUGAUUGUCAAACUCCCCCAAGUUUCCCACGAACUGGUGAUUCUGAUAUUGAGAGGCGUAAGAAGCGAAAAGAGUUUCAACAAGUCGAGUCCACCAACGCCUGGGAUCCUGCCGCAAGAUAUAGCAACGAUCGGGAAAAGGGACAAGCUAAAUUAAUAAAUAAGGAACCGGUCUACUCAUACAGAGACGGAGAAAACACGAGAAUCGUUAGACAUACAAAUUCGGAACCGGUUAAUAAGUACAGACAGAAAGAAGACCAAAGAGGUGAUAGAUAUACAAACAGGGAACCCGUCUAUUCAUACCGAGAGGAAGAAAACGGAAGAGAGGACAGAGACACCAGUCUGAAACAACCUCAUAGAUACAGAGAGGCACACGAAAAGGGAGAACCAGUUCAUUCAGAUAUGUCAAACCCGUUCUUAGAAAAGGGCUAUACUAUGCCCUACCAAAUAUCACAAAACAAAUAUAGAGAGCAAGUGUUUGGGCAUUUACCAAAGUACAGCUACCCUCAGGAGAAGCCCGAACCCCUGGCUGGAAGGUUUCAGGACAGCACACCAAGAAAUCCGUUCGAGUCGCCACGACAACCGUUCCAGCAACAUGGUCAAACACAUCACCAUCGACAAGAGUUUGAACAACGACCACAACACCAGCAGCAAUACCCAUACCAGUAUGAACAAAGGACCUAUAGGUCCGGACGGCCAGAUCUAGGCAAUGAAAACUUCGAGGGCUAUUCUGUUCCGUAUCCACAAGAGCCUAUCAGACACAGACAGAAUUAUUAUGAACCACCUCCUGAAAUUGGUGUAAGUAUUUUAAAAGAGAUUUUACUACACAGGCAUAGACAAUGGGUAACAAAUGCCAACGGUAUGAAAAGAUUCAGAUUAAUUUGUCCAGAUAGAAAUUGUUUAUAGAAAAUUGUCCUAGACAAGCUACCUGAGAUGUUUAAAAAUAACACAGGUUUUCUUAAUAACUUUAUACUGCUAUACAGCAUUUUAAUAAAAAAUAAACACAAUGUGUUUUUCCUUUUUCCAUUUCAACAAAACGUUUAGUUUAGUUUUGACGAUAACUAUGAGCAAAGUUAUAAGCUUAUCGAGUCAUUUCGAAUGAACUCAGGGUACAUCAAUUGGAUUAAACGGCGGCAUUAACGUCAGUACUCUCAUUAUUUUUAGAGGUAUACACGUCGUUUUAAGAAGAGCUCAUUUCUUCUCACAGUAUUCCUUGUACAAAAAUAAUUAUCGGAUUACAAACAAUUCAAAUGCAAAAUCGUGAAUUUUCUGUGACUGUAUGUUGACUGGUGAACCUUUUAUAACAAAAGUUUUACGUUAUUUGUCUACGUAAUUUUUGAACAUCUAUUGUACAUUAUCCUCAGGAGUUGCUUGUACUGCUCCACAAUCUGUAUCUUUAUAAAUUGCACGAGAAAGUGUCAUCGCCUACCAUGAUUGUAUUAGUGUAGAUAUGUCACGUAUUAUAUAUUUCGUGAAGAAGCUUAGAGACUUAUUAAAUCGGGAUCAGCCAUCUUACAGAUUUUUACAAUGUCUACAAUAUGACAGUCUCUAUACUUUAUAACAAAUUUAUAAUAUGAGUAAAUUGUUUCAACUUUUAAUUUUCUGUCUCAAUAUUAAAAAUAAAUAUUAAUUAAUUAUCUAAUUUAUCUAUGAUGUAUCAUUGUUGUUUGAUUCCAGUAUCGGGUAAAGGUAUAUAUUCAAUGUAUUUCAUUAUUUCUUUAAUUACUAAUAUUUCUGUGUGAACUCAUACCAUUUCAUUUAUGUCUUGACAUUAAAUGUAGUCAGGUGGCAUGUUAUUCAUAUUAAACUAAAAUUGAUCAUUUUUUUCAAACACAUAUCGUCACAAUAUAGAUAUUAAAACAAGAUAAACUUGAAAAAACCUAUCUAUCCUUCCAUCUAUCUGUUUCAAUGAUGCUUUCCUUAACAGUAAUGGUGACAAGACAUUGACGAAAUAAGAAACAACACUAAAAAUGUCAAAAACGAUAUCAAACUGAAAUAUUAACAUUUUGUGUAUAUUAAUUUGAAAUGUGAAUAUCAUUUCUUUUUUUCAAUUUAAGUGUCUGAAAGGGUUUUGGUAAUAAUAAAACUAAUGUCUAUUAAUUUCAUUUCCAUUUUACUAAAUCAUUACUUUAAGCCAGUAAUUUGUUUGGCAAUGUUUGGUUGAAGCUAAGGUCUAGAGAACUGUUGCAGUGUAUAUUUUACCCUUUUACUGCUUCAUCUUUUCCUUUAACUAAACGAAUUGUGGUACUGACAAAACAAACUAACAAAUGAUACUGUUACACAAUGAAAGCAAGUUAACCUUAUUGAGAAUUCUUUCAACAAUGAACCAAGUAUUGAAAUUGUAAGAGAGACAACUCCUUUUGCUUGUAUAGGAAAAUCUUCAUGUUUUACAAAAAUUGCUGAAUUUCUUUAACAGAUAUUUGACGUGAUUGCAUUUGUACUUAUGUUUACAAUAUCAAAGAUCAUGUAUUCAAACUUAAUGAGCAGCAAACAGUAAUGAGUUUGUUCAUGCUGCAGAGACGUGCAUCAGUAAUCAUUUAUUUUAAAGGGAUUAAAAUGAGCCUAUCUGCAUUAAAAGUUUGCAUUUAAUUUUAUUUUUAAAUUAAAUUAAGAUUAAAAUGUUGAUAAUCUAUUGCAUAACAUGUUAUGUUUUUUUGUGGG